GCGGCGGCGGCGGCGAUGCUGUGGCCUCAGCUGGCGGCGGCCGAGUGGGCGGCGCUGGCCUGGGAGCUGCUGGGCGCCUCGGUGCUGCUGAUCGCGGUGCGUUGGCUGGUGCGGCGGCUGGAGAAGCGGCCGCGGGGCCUGGGCCGGAGUGGGGUCCGCGACCCCCUGCUCUGCGCGGCCGCGGGCCCGGCCCCCGACCCAGGUGAAAUGACAAUGGAUGCCAUCUUGGCUCGACUGAAACUCCUGAAUCCAGAUGACCUUAGAGAAGAAAUUGUCAAAGCUGGAUUAAAAUGUGGACCCAUUACAUCAACUACAAGGUUCAUUUUUGAGAAAAAAUUGGCUCAGGCUUUGUUAGAGCACGGAAGAACACUGCCUUCACACCCUACCAACCACGAUGCCCCAGGUGCCACAUCUCUCAGCCAGGACACACAAGAGAUUUUGAAGUCUGCUGUAGGGAGCCAGGCUGAGCAGGUCAGCUUUUCUGAAGACCGAGAUUUUGGUUAUAGUGUGGGCUUGAACCCUCCGGAGGAAGAUGCUGUGACAGCUAAGACCUGCUCGGUGCCCUUCAGUGCUGCGGCUGGGGUCGAUGGCCACAAAGCCGUGGUGAGGGCCUCUAUGGAGCCACCUCUGUAUUAUGGGGUGUGCCCGGCAUACGAGGAUGCCCCAGCGAGAAAUGAAAGGAUUCAUGUUUAUGAAGAUAAAAAGGAAGCGUUGCAAGCUGUCAAAAUGAUCAAAGGAUCCCGAUUUAAAGCUUUUUCAAGGAGAGAAGAUGCAGAGAAAUUUGCUAGAGGAAUUUGUGACUAUUUCCCUUCUCCAAACAAAACCUCUUUACCACUUUCUCCUGUGAAAAUAGCACCACUCUUUAGCAAUGAUGGUUUGUACUUACCUGAGUCAGAAACAGUAAACAAAGAGCGAGCAAACAGUUAUAAAAAUCCCCGUACACAAGAUCUCACUGCCAAACUUCGAAAAGCUGUGGAGAGGGGAGAAGAAGACACCUUUUCUGAUCUUAUCUGGAGUAAUCCCCGAUAUCUAAUUGGUUCAGGGGACAACCCAACCAUCGUACAGGAAGGAUGUAGGUACAAUGUCAUGCAUGUUGCUGCCAAAGAGAAUCAGGCUUCCAUCUGCCAGCUGACUCUAGAGACCCUGGAAAACCCUGAAUUCAUGCGGCUUAUGUACCCGGAUGACAACCCGAGCAUGCUGGAGAAACGCAUUUGUUACAUCGUCGACCUGUACCUGAACACUCCUGACAAAAUGGUCUAUGACACACCAUUGCAUUUUGCUUGCAAGUUUGGGAAUGCAGAUGUGGUCAGCGUACUUUCUUCACACCCUUUGAUUGUAAAAAACCCAAGGAAUAAAUAUAAUAAAACACCUGAAGAUGUUAUUUGUGAAAGAAGCAAAAAUAACUCUGCGGAACUGAAGGACCGGAUUAGAGAAUAUUUAAAGGGUCAGUACUACGUACCACUCCUGAGAGCAGAGGACACGUCUUCUCCAGUGAUCGGGGAGCUGUGGUCUUCAGACCAGACGGCCGAGGCACCUUACGUCGGCCAUGGUGGAGGCAGCCCCAGAGACCCCAUUUUGACCCUGCGAGCCUUCGCAGGGCCCCUGAGUCCGUCCAAGGCAGAAGAUUUUCGCAGACUCUGGAAAACCCCGCCUCGAGAGAAAGCAGGCUUCUUUCACAAUGUCAGAAAAUCGGACCCAGAGAGAGGCAUUGAGAGAGUGGGAAGGGAGCUGGCUCAUGAGCUGGGGUAUCCCUGGGUCGAGUACUGGGACUUUCUGGGCUGCUUUGUUGAUCUGUCUUCCCAGGAGGGCCUGCAAAAACUAGAAGAAUAUCUCACUCAGCAGGAAGUGGGCAAAAAGGCCCAACAAGACACGGGAGAAAACGAAGCCUGCUGUCAGGAGAACGCCUCUGCCUUUGCCCAUCGUAGGAAGUGCAGCAAUUCCAUUUCUGUGAGGGCGUUUCUAGAUGAAGAUGAUGACAUGAGCUUGGAAGAGAUUAAAAAUCGGCAAAACACAGCUCGAAACAACACCCAGCCUACAGUCGAUGUUUUUGGAGACUCACGGUGUGAAAUCCUUCCCUUGGAGCAGAAGACAAACCUUAUAGAAGCCUCAUCCUCGACCAGUUCCCACAGCAGCAGAAAUGGGUUUUGUAGUCCCCUGAGUGGCAGCAAGACCCUGAGUGGGAAGAGGCCCAAGGCCCCGAGCCAGGAGGAAGCCCUCGUGGCACCUGUCUCCAGCUUGACUGUUGAGUUUGAUAAACUGAAUUUGCAGAAUCUAGGAAGUAGCUUUUCUAAGACAACAAGUAAAAAUCUGAAAACCAGAGAUAAGAAGACCCUGACAUCAGGAGUGGACGGAGUAGAAAGUGACUCGUUAGAACCUCCUCCUGACAAACUUGGAAAUAGCCAACUAAGGACAGAAAGUGAAAUGUCAGCCGGAAUUGCUAAGAUGUGCCUGGGUCCCAACAGUCCCCGGCACGAGGCCCAGCAUAGCUGCACUUCUGUGUUCUUGGCGCCCUCGAGGGUCCCCGCCAUGAAGGAGGCCGGCCAGAGGCUCUUUCUUUUUGGAGAGGAGCCAUCAAAACUGGAUCAGGAUGUUUUGGCAGCUCUGGAGUGUGCAGACGUGGACCCUCUCCAGUACCCAGCUGUGCACAGAUGGAAGAGUGCUGUCCUGUGCUUCCCGCCCUCCGACAGACAGAGUUGGCCAAGCCCGGCACUGAAGGGGAAGUCGAAGUCUCAGCCGCCAGAGCUCGGUUGCCCUCACAGCUGCAGCCCUGGGAAGCCCGGCCCCGGCCCCCACUCCCCUGGCCUGGGCAGCCCUGGGCGCUACAGCCCCGCAGAUGGGGGCCGCCUUCGCAGGAUGGCUCGCCUGGCCCAGCUUGCCACCUUGUAGGGCCAGUGCACACUGCUGGGGCUUGUAUUUCAGUCUUCAUGUUUAAAGAAAGAAGGGUAAUAAGUUAAUUGCGAAAAUUUCACAGGGAAGAAUAUGUUCUGAUUAAUUUAUUAAUCUUCGUUUUGAGAGUAAAAGAGUUUUAGAAAAUGCAAGUAUUCUGUAUAAAAUUUAGAUUUUUGAUAUUUUGGGAGAACUUGAAAGCAAACUCAGAUAAAAAUAUUCUGAAAACUGUCAGUGUGGUAGUGAUACAGGCUUCAGUUAGCCAUUCCUGGUUGACAUAUAACAGAGGAGGGUACUAAGGCAGUUUGUGCCAGAAAGUCCGAGUGAGUGCCCGAGGAGGGGUUGGCUGUGUUGGCAGCAGCAGCACCUCACUUCAAUUCAGUUCUUAAAGAUGAGUUUUGUGCCAUGUUCCUUUUUGGGGAGGGUCUUUGACUUUCUAGUUUGUGAUAGAAAAUCCUCUUUGCUUUGCCAGUUGAUCCCAGUUGGUUAGACGAAUUGAUAAGGUGGAUGGAUGUCCAGAAAUAAAUGAACCUUGACUGUGUCUUAGACUUGCAACGAUAUUUAUGAUUUGGGUCAUUAAAAACAUUUUAAUUAGUGACCAGAAUAUAAAAUUAUCUUUUCUCUUGGAAAAAAUCUAGCCCUUAGAGUCGUGCAGAUAGUCACACAGAACUCACUAGCAGUCACCAGAAGGUGUUUUUUUUUUCUGCCAGCACUUGAGCUUUCACAGUGAUCUUGAUUUAGUUGCCAAUAUAGUGGUAAUAAAAUGAUCUGUGAGUUGUUCUCUAGUUUUGAAAUUCAUCCUAUAUUUUAGAAUUCAUUUCAAUUGGAUUAUAAAAGAGCGUCGUGUUUUACUACAGAAACGAGAGGUUGACUUUUGACAGCUUUGAGUCCCAAUUCAUUGACUUGAGCAUGGUUUAGUUUAGCCUUCCCCUUGGCUGUAACCUUCUGGAGGGUCUUUGCACGGAGCCUGGGACCCACGCAGUGCCGUGCGCCUCGAGGAUGCCGGAGACCAGAGACCAGACAACAGAGUGAGGGCUGAUUUCUUUCUGGGUGUUACAAACGACACAAGCAGAAUUCUCUGAACAUUUCCAGUGUUUUCUCCAAAUGAGAAACUCCACCAGUGCUUUUGCUAACUUCAGUGCCUUUUAUAAAUCAUUUUUGAUUUUUGUAAACUUGCUUUUUGAGAAUAGACAGUGAUACUAAAUAGGUGUGAGAUCCUUUUUUGUUCGUUAAGUUUUGUUCAUAAAAUUUCUAAACUAAAACUUGUAUUUAAAAAAGCUUAUUUCUUUUAUGUGAUUACAGGAGACAGGUCAGGAGUAUGGAAUCAAGAUUUAGAUUUUAAAAUUCAAAAAGUUGUUACACAGGGUGUUUCCACUUGUGUAGCAGACAAUCUAGAUAUGAGAUAGAAAAAUACAUUCUCUUCUAAAAACCAAACGGCCUUUUUAAAAGGCAUCUUUGUUCUCAAAACUCAGAAUACAGUUUUAUAUUCACAGUAAUGAUCUGUUUUCUCUAAAAUCUUACCAUACUGUCCUGUAUAUUGUUGUAAAUAUUCAGGUGGAAAUUAAAAUAGUGUUUUUGCCCUAA